UCAUGGACAAACAAACACAGUGAAACCUUCUAAAAGUCUGCAAAGAGAGAGAGAGAGAGGAUUCAGAGUUUCUAUUUUCUGCAAAAGUCAUGAAUUUAGAGUCCUCUAUUUAACUAAAAUUUUGAAUUGGGAAGAAGAAGGAAGAGAUGAACGAAGGAGCAGAUUUCUAGGCCUUCGGAGAAUCUACAGUUUACAAGAGCUGAGUGGGGGGAGAGAGUGAAGGAGGGAGGAAACUUCUAGGGUUUAUUAGAGUCUCUGUGUUGUUGGAUGGGAUUUUUGUUGCAGAGAGAAUCGCGGCCAUGCGAAAGUUGUUCAAGGAUUCUUUAAAAGCACUCGAAGCAGAUAUUCAGCAUGCCAAUACUCUGGCUUCUGAUUAUCCAAGGGAAUAUGAUGGUGGUUGUCUUCAAAUGAGAUUAUCUUAUAGUCCAGCAGCACGCCUGUUUCUGUUUCUUGUUCAGUGGACUGAUUGCCACCUUGCUGGUUCCCUUGGAUUGCUUAGAAUCCUUAUUUACAAGGCUUAUGAGGAUGGCAAGACCACUAUGUCUGUUCAUGAAAGGAAAGCCAGUAUUAGAGAAUUUUAUGUAGUUCAUCUACUCAGAAGAAUGGUUUGUCCAUGGGCAGCUGUAAUAUUUCCCUCUUUAUUGCAACUUCAUAGAGGAAUCACUGAUGUAGAAGACCGGAAACAGAGAGAAAUUUGUAAAACCAAGUAUAGGAAGAAGGAUGAGAUGGACAAGGGGAAGCUCUCUGAACUUGAUCUUGAGAGGGAGGAGGAGUGUGGUAUUUGUAUGGAGAUGAGUAAUAAGGUUGUCUUGCCUAAUUGCAACCAUGCACUAUGCAUGAAGUGUUAUCGUGAUUGGCGUGCACGAUCCCAGUCAUGUCCUUUCUGUCGGGAUAGCCUUAAACGAGUGAACUCGGGGGACCUUUGGAUCUACACUGACAGCAGAGAUGUUCUUGACCUGCCUUCUAUUGCCAGGGAGAACUUGAAGAGGCUGUUCAUGUACAUAGAUAAGUUGCCUCUUAUUAUUCCAGAGCCUGUGUUUAUUCCCUAUGAUUCUCAUGUCAGAUGAGGUGUCCUGUGACAGCUGCUUGAAAGAAUUUGUACAUAGAGGCCUGGUUGUAUAUGAUUCUCUCUCCCCAACCGUAAAUUCUGGUUCGCCAUUGUUUUAACAGGCUUCAACAUCACAUUCUGAUU